AUGCCGCCGAUACAUCUGACCUGGAAUGAAGCGCUAUCGGGCGUCUUUGGCAGCAUUUCCCUCGCAGCCUGGAUCUUUCUGCUCGUACCACAAUUGAUCGAGAACUACACCAAUGGCCACGCCGACGGCAUCUCCCUGACAUUCCUCUUCAUUUGGUUCAUCGGCGAUAUCACGAACUUUGCCGGUGCCAUCUGGGCAGGUCUCGUGCCGACGGUCAUCGCAUUGGCUGUAUACUUCUGCAUAGCCGAUCUAGUGCUGAUCUCGCAAUGCUUGUAUUAUUUGGGACUGAAGAAGAAGCAGGAGACGGAGGUUGUGGCCAGAGAAGAAGGCACAGAGCAGACACCACUGCUGAACGGACACGCGACCCAGAAUCCUUCCAAUCUGGGUCUGCCGGGUAGUCGUCGCACGAGCAGGGCAAGCCUCAGAAGAACGAGCACGAACGAAGGCCGGGACAGCCUCGAGCGCAUCAUGGAAGAGCCGACCAGGACGAGGGCGAUCGUCAAGAACACCGUCUCCUUCCUCGGCGUGUGCGCGGUAGGAGCUGCGGGCUGGGCAAUCGCAUGGAAGACUGGUGCGUGGAGACCGACACCUGUGGGCGAGGAAGGCGAUGGCGGUGAGACGCCGAUUGGCGCGGAAAUUCUUGGAUACAUCAGUGCGGUGUGCUAUUUGGGUGCGCGGAUACCGCAAAUCAUCAAGAAUCAGCGUGAAAGGUCGUGCGACGGCCUCAGUCUGCUCUUCUUCAUGUUGAGCUUGCUGGGCAACUUGACAUAUGGUGCAGGCAUUCUCUUUCACUCGCUCGAGCGACAAUAUGUCAUCACGAACACCCCUUGGCUGAUUGGCUCUCUCGGCACCAUUGUCGAAGAUGCGAUCAUUUUUAUCCAAUUCCACGCAUUCGGCGAAAGAGCGGAAAGCAUGGCGGUUGUCUGAAGCAUAAAGUGCAUUGCGGAGAACAGUACAGUAGAACUGCGUGUAUGAUACCCACGAGGAGCGAGCGUACGUAAUUUACUGAUUUGCUGGACGACGCAGGAGGAGUUUCUCGGACCUUGCGUAUGAAUGCUGCUUCCAUCACCUGGCCAGUGUCCUGGACGCUCAAUUGCACAUCACAAAGCGACAGAGUUUGGUACGCUGCAG